AUGCUAGAACUUCUUAUUUCAUAUGGUGCAAAAAUCAAUGAUAAAGAUAAAUCCGGUAGAACCGCUCUUAUUUGGGCAGUAAUCACUCAAGAUAAAGAUAUUAUAGAACUUCUAAUUUCACAUGGUAUAAAUAUCAACGAAAGAGAUAAAUCUGGAAAAACAGCUCUUGAUUAUGCAUCAAAAUUUAAUACCAAUGCAAUAGUCGAACUUAUUUUAAAUGGUGCAAAACGCCAUUAG